GCAAAACAAAGAAUUGUGGGUUAUCUCAAGAAGGGACGAAUACACAUAAUGAAUCCUUUGAAGGGGCAGGUCCAUACCAUGGUGGUAAUUCAGGUUCAUUGGGCAGCGGCAGACAGUGGAAAUAUGGGGGACGGUCACGUGUUUGGACUGUUUGUUGUUGUUUUUCCAUGUCCCAUGUGCUCUGUGUGCCCUACUUUCUGUUUUCCGUAAAUUGUCUUAUUGUGUUCAGUUAAUUAUGUCAUUUACUUCAUGCUUUUAUAAGUUUCUGUUUGUUCCAUGUUAAAUCUUCCGUCUGUCUACCUGCUUGCCUUUCCGUAUUAUUUAUUCUUGUAGAAGAUUAAACACUGUUAAGAGUUAUAUUCUUGUUGAGUGCUCCUUGCCGCAACCACACCGUGAAACCAAGGCGGAGCCUGCAGAGCAGGGAGAUCAACCUCUUUGAAGUUCAGUUGUGAAUGUCACCAUCUCUGGAAGUUCUACAGCCAAAACCAACACCUGGAGGCACUUUAUCUGCAAUCCUGAACAGAAGAUGCUUCUGUACCCGACUCGUGGGCAGGAGAGGCCACUGGAGCGCAGCACGCUGCCCACAUGCUCCACAUAGGAAUGCUGUUAUAGGAAGGGUAGACCUAUAGGAUGUCAGGGCUUGAGAGAGCGGAUGUCACCAGUGUUCCUGUAGCUCUCUCUUCAUUUUGUUGUUUUCGGUUAAAAGGCAAUGGCAAGAACUAACCCCACAGCUGACACACAAAAGAGCACUACAACUUUGCUAUCGUCCAAUUAAAAUAUUGUGCUCCAAAUAGCAUGCAUUUUGUCUUUGAUUAGCCUUGAAGUAAAAUAAAAUGAUAUUUAGAGCACUCACCCUCAAGUAGUUCCAAAUCUGUAUGCAUUUGUAGCCAGGCUGUUUUGGGACACCACUGAUUUCCAUAGAAGGGAGAAAAAAAAUACUCCUGUGUACGUUCAGAGGCCAUUUAGGGGACUUGCUGGGGACCUUUUUUUGGGUAUUUAAUGACUCAGUGGACCAAAGCCAUAAAAAAAUCUGAUUGGUACAUCCCUUAUAGUAAGGAUUUUAAACAUCAUUAUUUAACACAAUCUGUAUACUUUGGCAGAAAUUUCAAAUCUUACUGAGAGCCAAAUGGAGAAGCUGAAAAAGGAGAGUAGAGACGGAAAGAUCGCAUUUUCAGCUGGACUGAUGGAAUCUGGAAACAGUGGACAAGUUGGUCCUUUCACCACAGAAAUAACACUAACUUACAGGAACGUCUUCACAAAUAUAGGGAACGCCUACAACCCAAUUACAUCUGCCAUGUUUCAAAACUAUUACGCUGUACAUCUGAUUCUCUUCUUUAUCUUGUUAUUUGCUUCAGGUGUUUUCACAGCCCCACCGAAAGGAGCGUACAUGUUCAUCUUCUCUGUCUUUGGUCACAGUAAUCCCUUAAAUCCAUCAGCUGCCUCUAUUAUGAAGAAUGGAGAGAAGGUGGUUAUGGCACAUGGUUAUCAGGAUCAGUAUGAUGUAAACUCCUCGAAAGGAGUGGUGUUGAUCCUGGAGGUGGGAGAUGUUGUAUAUGUGAGACUUUGGUCUGAAAAGUGGAUAUAUGAUGACGAGAAUAACCACAACACUUUUAGUGGUUACCUACUGUUUCCCUUAAGAGAACAGGAGCUUUGCAGAAAGUGAUUGCAAAGUUUAGUAAAUUAUUUAAUGCUGAAAAUCUUGAGGAAUCAUUAUCAUAUGAACCUUUUAUUAAUGAUAGUUGACUCUAUGAGAGUCAGUAUAAUACUAAUUUGAGCUAAAACAAAUGGUCUAGAAUGACAAAUUGUAUAAAGAGUUUAAUCUCAGAGACAUAUGGGACCCCCAUGAGAAAAUCUAGACUGCUAAUAAAAGUGUCACUUGUCCCUGUCCUGUAUCUCCUCUUCAUUAACAAGAGAAUCAAGAGACAUCAUGGUUUCAUUUCAUUUUAUUUGUUUGUCAUGUUCUCAUAUAUUUCCCCUACAAACCAGUAGUACAGUUUGUAGUUGUAAACUUGACUGAUCCAGUCCAUACCAGUAAGCCAAACCACUGCUAUAUAUCCUGUCUGCUGAGAGGUUCAUGUGUUUGUAGCUACAUGUAGCUACACUCUUCUGUUUAUCACUGUCUGUUGUUUAAAGUGAACAAAUAUAACGUAAUUCUUUCCAUAUUCUUUAUACUCUUGGUUGUACACUUUUAUUCUAAAAA